GGAAAAUAAACAGUUUUUCUUGACCUAGCCUAGCCCUACUCCUAGCCUAGGCUAGAGACUGAGUAGAGAACUGGAGUGGAGAAUUGAUCAGCUGACCUGACACUGACAAUUAGAGUGCACUGUACUGAGAUGUGUAAACAUCACCAGAAUCAGCCAUUUAGGUUGACUGUAUCAAAUUAACUACUAUCCAUGACUGAUCUACUCGUCUUGUAAGCUAAGAAACAUGGCAUCGCAAGCGAGUAGUGCACCCACAACGCGAUCUAACAAGCUAAUUGAGGAGAUCAUAGAUGCUGUUAGCACACUGAAAAGUGAGUUUGAGGAGAGUAGAUUGCCAGUAACAGAUGAUGACUCCACUUUGCACAAACUGGAAUUCAAACUUGAAUACUUGCUGCAGCUGAAUAGGAAACAAAAGUUUACAUUUUUGGGUACGCAAAGGGACUAUUUUGAUUACUUCUGCGAGUGUUUGGCAAAAGGGAAAAGGAACAGAGAUGGCCUGAAGUUUGUAAAGACAUUGACAGAAGUAAAAACGUCUGUAGGCAGAGGUCGAGCCUUCAUUCGCUACAACCUUAUGCACCAGAUGCUAGCCGAUACACUUCAGCUGUGCUUUAGUAAUGGUCGUGUUACCAUCAACUGGUAUUUUCCUUCAUCUGCUUUCCUGCGACAUCGAAUGACAGCGUCCCUUCUGACAGCCCUCUAUGACCUCAACGAAGUGUCAUUUGACCUUGCACCGACAGGUUAUGACCUUGAUGCGGGCUGGCCCACAUUUGCACGCAAAUCGUUUGGUACUCCGUACAGCUGGAAUGUCCCUCUUUGCCGUAGUCGCAGCACAAGCCAAAGUAGCAUCAGCAGUUUCCAUUCACAGAUGAGUGAGCAGCACAUUUCCUCCCCGGGCCGACCAGAUCUGUCUAGCAUGGAACGAGUUCACAUGGAGCUGGCCAAGGCCGAGUCUGUGAAAGGUGUGCUGAUGUCUCGCAUCGAAAUUCUGGACAGAGAAUGCGAAACUGUCCACAAGAUGGCAGUAGAAGCAGAAGAGAAACUUGAAGACACUAAGAACAGCCUUCAGACGCAAUUGAUGGAAAGCCAGAUUAGAUGUGAGAAGAUGAACAACGAGUUGGAGCUGCGAUGCCAGCACUGGGAGGAGAAAGAGCAUAGCCUCGUGUCCCGAUUGAAGCAGCUUCAGAGAGAGAACGAAACACAACAAGACCAGCUAAUGUCGCUACAGCAAAGUGGCAGUGGAAAGCAAGGGGAACUUGAGGAGAAGUGCAGACCUCUUGAACUUACGAUUGUGGAACUCGGAGUGAGUGGGAAGCUGUCGGAGGAGAAGGUCGCGUGGCACGCAGAGCGAGAGAUCGAGAAACAGAGCGGCGUCGCUGAGCAGCUGCAGAUCCGACUGAAGGAAUCCGAGGAGAAGAACAAGGAGCUGCUGUUGCGCAUGGAGGAGCUUGUGUCGGACAAGUGGAGUGCUGCGUCGCUGCACGCCGACGCGACGGACAAGGCGCACGAACUACUCACAGAACUCACUGUAGCCGAGCGGUCAAACAUCCAACUCCAGUGUCAGAACUUGGAGCUGCAGAGAAGCAGUGUGCAACACCAGGGGGCACCUGAGAUCGACGCCGCUACUCCCUCGCACACGGCAGAAUCCCGUCCGGCAUCCUCCGCCGAUUCGUCGGCGCAGACGGAGACUGAUGGUGACAGUGCUGCCCUCGCGAGGGAGAACCGGUCACUGCAGGCGGCGCUGGAAGCGCUGCGGGCGCAGCGCGAGGCAGAGGCGCGCGAUUCGUCGACGACUCUCGACGCUGCCCGACAAGAGAGCGAUGCCCUGCGCACGCAGAUCGACGAGCUCGCUCGCCAGGGGGCGCUGGAAAUUGAUGCAGCAAAGAUGGCGGCCGGCGACGAGGCAGAGGCGCGGCGGGUCGCUGAGGAGCGGCUUGAGGAGGAGCUGGUGGCGGUGCGACACCAGAUCGCGCGGCUGAGGGACAGCGAGGCGCGGGCGGCGGAGGAACGGCGGGCUGCCACCGGCGAGCUGUUGCGACUCACCGACAGUGAGCGCCACCUGGAGGAGGAGAAGGCAAGCAUGCAGGCGUUUGUCAUUCGCAUGAUGGGCCUGCUAUCUAGCAGCGAUGGCGGCGGCUCCGGCACCAACACCGCAGCGUCAGGCAACGGGAGGAGGAGCCUGGUGCAGAAGUGCAAGCAUAUGGCUGCAGACGUAGAAGCGUUGGUGCGACGCAACGGCGAGCUGUCCCUGCAGGUGCGGGGGCUGGAGCGCGGUGGACGGGAGCUGCGGGAGGAGCUAGCGCUGCGGCGGGAGCGGCUCACCGAGCGCGAGGCUGAGAACGGAGAACUGGAGACGAAGCUUCGCUCGCUCGUCUGCAACACGACGCUGCCGGAGGAUGCUCACAGCAUCACGUCGGCGGGCAGCGACGCGAGACUCGAUCCACCGCCAGGGGGCGCCGACGAGGUGCUGGAGGUCGCGCAAGCAUAUGAUGUGAAGCGUCAGUGGGACGAGGAUUUAGACAAAGGACAGUCGGAAAACGACGUAGUGGAUGCGACGAUGGAAGGAGCCACAGGUAAGGGAAGAACAUCAGGUGAAGAACAAGCUGCAGGUGACGAAGGAACUGUGAGCGAUGAAGAAGUGGUGGAAAUAGGAGUGGCCAUUGAAGGAACGGCAGACGAUGAAGGAACGGCUAUUGAAGGAGCAUCAGAUGAACCAGCAGAGCCAGAGGAGGAAGCAACAGUGGACGAAGCAGCGGCAAAUGAAGGAGUGGCGUAUGAAGGAACGGUAGAAGAAGCAGCGGCCAGCUCCGUUGAUCAGGAGGCCGUCGAGGCGUUCAUGCGACAAAUCGAGAUGCUAAAGUCACAGAACCUCUCUCUCUCCGAGGAGAACCAGUCUCUGAUUGGUCAGCUUGACUUCCUGUCGGAGUCGGUGGCGUCGAAUCUCGAGGAGCGCGAUGACAUCGAACAACUCCGCGGGGAGAUGUCAGAAAUCCGCAGCAUUCUGAGUCAGGUCAGUGAGGUCAGCGAGCGAGUGUUGGUCGAUGUAAACGCCGAGACCGAACAGGAGGAACAUUUGAAAUGCGUGGACAGCAGAGAAGGAAGCGCUGAGGUGCAAGUCGCCGUUGACGAUCAAGCGUCCGUCGCGUCGGCGGAAUUCCGUCGCGUCGUACGCGACGUGUCGGAAAUGCGAUCGUCAUUCGAAUCACAGAGGGCGCUGCUGUCAGAGUUGCGUCAACAAUGCACGACUCAGGAUGACGUCAUCAAGAUGCAGGAGUACGACAUCGAGGCUAAGAUGAAGCGGAUUGAGCUUGUGAGCGAAGAGAAGGAGAGACUGACACAGAAAGUUGCAGAACAGAGCGACGCGAUCAAGUCGAUGGAGAUAAAGUUUACUAAGAAAAUACAGGAGACUUCUUCUGCAUUCGAGGAGAAGGUGUGCGAGCUAACACAACAAUUUAAAGACAGUCAAGCCAAGGUGACGUGUUUAGAGGAAAGCCUUGAAUGUAAAACAGAUCAGUUAGAGAAGACGGAAUCAGCAUAUGAACAAGAUGUCUCUGCACUCCGGUUCCAGAUUAGUGAAGAAAACAUGAAGUAUCAAGAAACCAUUAAGACUUACGAAGAGAAUGACGCCAAUGUGACCGAUAUUCAAUCUAAACUUGAAAUUCAACAAAACAUCAUCGAAAGUAUGCAGGCAGUAGUUAAGGAAAUGAAAGAUGAGAGAGAUGCGCAGAUGGAGAGUCACUGGGAUGAGAUGGAAGAUCUGCGGGUCAUCUUAGAGGGCAAGUCAGACGAAUGUGAGACGCUACGUGUAGAGGUCACUGAUUACAGAGACCAACUGGCAAGUAAAGAGGACCAGCUUGUCAGACUGCAGGAGGACCUUGAAUCUGUACAGCAAAGCCAUGAAGCAAAGAUAAAGACACUGCAGGAACAGAACUCUCAGCUGAGGGAGGAUUCGGAGAAACUACAGAGCACUCUCAUAAAAAUUCUAAAGGAUAAGGACACACUCUGGCAGAGCAAAGACCAGCUGGAGUUUGAGCAGCGACAGCGACUGCUUGACUGCUGGGUGGACGACAAGGCUGCAUCGCACUGCAUGGGCUGCGGGAAGGAGUUCUCUCUCACGCGGCGUCGGCACCACUGCCGCCUGUGUGGCCGCGUCUUCUGCUCCGCCUGCUCCAACCACUGGGUGCUGACUACGGCCAGCAGCAAAAAAACUCGCACCUGCGACCGCUGCUUCAUGUCACACUCGCGGUGCGAGGGCACCACCGAUACGUCGCUGGUCGGUGACUCGAGCCGGGAGCAAAGUCCCGAUAGCCGGCUGGAGGAUGAGGCAAGUCGCGCAUCGUCAGGCGAAGCAUCGGAAGUAAGUGAACAUGAAGUCUCCAUGGGCAGUCCUGUGGGAGCUGGUAUUGAAGCAUCGGCUCUACUCUCGAGUUCCACGCCUCAGAAACCAGCCGGGUCUUCUCCUCCUGAAGCGUUCGGUGGUUCCGAGUCUCUUCUACACGAUGAAGACAAUGUGCAAGGCAUGUCUGACACAGGAGCCACACAGACACCAGACCCGACUUCAAGUGACGGCGAUUCACAGCUAGUAUCAGCUGCAACUACAGCGAGCCAUCAGAUACCACACAAUGAAACUGAUGCUGCUGUAUCCCAACAAGCUGAUACAGAACGCAGUGUUGGUGUGGAGCCUGUGGCGGCCUCUAGUGAUAAUACACCAGCAAGCAGUGUUGGCAGUGACGAGCAGGAAUAUGCCGUCAUUACUACUGAGGAGGUGGCACAGUCAGUCUAUGACCCUUCCUAUGGUGAUAUCGAGACAAGCAUCCAAUCAAGCUUCACGCUGAUGGUCGAUGACAUCAUUGAGGGCCGUGGAAACGAACAGGAGGGAGUGACGGUGAAACCUCGCCAGUGCUUCGCAGUUCCCAUUCUCGUGGAAAAGCCAGGCGUCACGCUGAGCUGGGAAUUCAGAACCACCGGUCACGAUAUAGGGUUUGGAGUGUAUCGAGACAACAGCACGCUGACGAUGUCUGAUGCAGAGGUGCUGCUACCUGUGACACGCUGCAACUCUCACCAGAUGGCCAUUGCCGGGCAGUUGAAAACAGAAACAAUGGGAAUCUACACUUUACUCUUUGACAACAGAUUUUCUCGGUUCACAUCCAAGAAAUUGAGUUAUAAAGUGGAAGCUGUAAAAUAAGGUUCCUGUUUUGUUACUGCUACAGUUUACCAUUUUAGCAUCUACCAAUGCAACUUUAUGUUUUGGGCGUAGUGAAGCAGUUGUAUAAAAGUGAACACUACUGUUGUUAAACUUUUCGCAGUGGCUACGCGUCCGGAACCGGUCGCCUAGCC